AUGGACAUCGCGGAGCUGAACAACAACGUCACCGAGAAAUUUCCCUUUACCCUCUCGGACGCCGCCCUCGAGGAAGUCGCCAAGCGCUUCAUCGUUGACCCCUUUCACUCUGUCGGGAUGCUCCAGUGGCCCAAUGGCGUCCUCUGUUCCGCCGCCUUGGUCGGCCCGCGUCACAUUCUCUCCGCCAAGCAUUGGAACCUCGAUCACCCUAUCCUCGGGCCCUUCUACCCUGGCUACGACAACGUUGCGCGCUUCGGUCCCGCCCAGAUCACCAACGGCCUCUUCACCUACGCCCAAGAACCCAAUUCAUCCUGUGCGACCGAGGGCGACUGGAUAGUAUAUGCCCUCGACCAGCGUCUCGGUGACCGGCUUUGCUGCAUCAGGGCCAAGUUAACGGACCGCAACAUUUUUGGCAAGCCUCAGUUCUGUGGUGGCAACUGCCCGUGCUGCUAG